AUGAAAAAUCGCGAUAUUCUGUUAUAAGCACGUGAAGGGUAGGAAUUUAACAAUAUAAUUUAGUCGUAAACAGUCCGAAUAACACCUGGGUCUCUUAAUGAAUAGAAUCAACCUCAUUCAACAGAAUCAACUCAAAGUCAUUAGAAGAAUCAAAUAACAAUAGAAGUCUGUUGAAAUGAAGCAAUUCAUACAAUCUGAGCACGACCAAUUUAAUUAGAGUGUUAUAUACACAUUAUUAUGAUAGAGAAAUAUUAUCAACAUGCAAAAACUACAGAAAAUACACCAAGUUCAACUUAUGGCCAAGACAAAAAAACAUUAGAGUGAAGAGGGACGCAAGAAAAGCUAAGAACAAUAGAAGCAAUUCAGACUUCAGGAGACUCAGAAGAUGAAAAUUAAAUAUCUAGAAUUAGAAAGGCAAGUACAGCAAUAAAAAGAAUCUGAACUAAUUAAAAACAUUGUCAGAUACAACAAACUGAAACAAGAAAGGGCACAAUCACAAGUUAAAAUGAGGAUCAGGCAAAAGUCAAAUGAAGAACUCAGAAAUAAAGAGUACUCUCAAUUAUUAGAGGUUGAAUGUUAAAAAAGAAUAUAAACAGAAUAGUCUAUUCGUAAACUCGAAUAGAAGGAACAAUUAUUGAUCUAAGAACUUUAAACAUCUUAAUAGUUGAGUUCGACAUACUCUCGAUAAUUGGUAUCAUUUUCUAUUGAUUGUAGGAUCCAAGAAUCAUUACCAAAAUUAGAGCAAAAUCGUACUAUCAAUCAUGA